AUGCCAGCAGCAAACGGCCAUGCCGCCACCGCCAACGGGCACGCCGUCAAGACGUCCGGGGUCAAGUCGCGCGCCGCUCUGAAACGACUCAAGGCGAAGGCGAAGAAGGCGGCCGGCUCCUCGGCCCCGACUCCAACCUCGACUGAGCCCGAGAGCGAUGCCGAGUCUGUCUCCUCCGUCAUGACCGUCGAGUCCUUUCUGGACGCUGCCGAGCCGACACCCGAGUCUUCCGAGUUCUCAGAGUUCCAGAAGGUGUUCCAGCACUUCACGGAGACUGGCGAGGACGGUCUGAUCAAGGUCGAGGACGGACCGAAUAAGGGCCAUGUCUACUAUUCGGACGACGAGGACGAGGAUGAGGAGGGACAGGCUGCGCGGAAGACUGGAACCGAGGGAAUGACGAGGCGAGAGCGGAGACGAGCAGCAAAGCUCAGCGUGGCGGAGCUGAAGCAGCUCGUCGACCGACCAGAGGUUGUGGAGUGGUUCGACUGCGACGCACGCGACCCGCGACUGCUCGUCACCCUCAAGUCAUACCGCAACACUGUCCCGAUUCCCAGUCAUUGGAACGCUAAGCCCUGGAUCGCGGACACGGGAAUUGGAGAGCAGCGCGAUGCGGUCAAGUCGAAGGAGGCGCAGCAGACGCUCGCCCAGAAGACGCGCGAGCGUGUGCAGCCGAAGAUGGGCAAGAUCGACAUCGACUACCAGAAGCUGCACGAUGCGUUCUUCAAGUACCAGGAGAAGCCGCGGAUGUCCAAGUUCGGCGAGGCGUACUACGAGGGCAAGGAGAUGCAGGCGGACCUGCGAACGAAGAAGCCCGGAGAGCUCAGUGAGGAGCUGAUUGAGGCGCUGAGCAUCCCGCCGCUCGCGCCGCCGCCAUGGCUGAUCGCGAUGCAGCGUUUUGGCCCGCCGCCAUCGUACCCGAACCUGCGCAUCAAGGGUCUGAACGCCCCUAUCCCCGCCGGCGCGCAGUGGGGCUUCCACCCCGGAGGCUGGGGUAAGCCGCCGAUGGACGAGUACAACCGGCCGCUGUACGGCGACGUCUUUGGCGUAGUGCAGGGCGAGGAGAGCGCGAACGCGACGGCGGUCAACCGCGAGCGCUGGGGCGAGAUCGAGAUCAUGGAGGCGGAGGAGAGCGACGAGGAGGAGGAAGAGGACGAGGAGGAGGACAUGGAGGAGGACGACGAGGACGAGGACGGCGAGCCUGCGCCGACGGACGGGAUGGAGACGCCGAGUGGUCUGGCGACGCCGAGCGGGUACGCCUCUGUCUCAUCCACGGUACCGGGCGGGCUGGAGACGCCCGACUUCAUCGAGCUGCGCAAGCGCAUGCACCCCGAGCGCGACGACGAGGGCCCCUCGGGCCCGCGCGAGCUGUACCACGUCAUCCCCGAGCGCGAGACGAGCGUCAAGGGCUUCAUGGGCAGCAGCACCGCUUACGACCUCUCGGGCGCAGCGCCCGUGCUCGGCGACGACAGGGGGACGAAGCGCAAGGCCGGCGCCGUCGACGUCUCCAUCGACGGAGACGAGGACCUCACCCCCGCCCAGCUCAAGGCCAAGUACAACGAGGCACGCAGGGAGGGGUCUCGCGUCCACGUUCCCGGUCAGCACGUCGACCGUUCCGAGUUUGACGAUGUCAUCUCGAGCGAGACGAAGAAGCGCGCAAAGACCCAGGACAGGAAGCGCAAGGAGGAGAAGGCCGAGAAGUACAAGUUCUAA